AUGGGUACAGGAAAUACUACAACAGAGGUCUUUCUGGGUCUUUCCGUAGAAACACAAGAAAACAAGAGUGGGAGAAGGAGGAGGAGAAGAACCGAGAAGAGUCUCUCCAUCGAGAAACUGGCGAAUCGUUGGUGGGCCGGGCACUUGGGGCUUCCGGGAGUUGACCCGGCAACCCCCGGUUCCUCCGGCCCCAAGAAGCUCAACCAGGAGACGCCCAAGAAGGACACCGACCCUGGCUCCCGAGCUGACGAAGAGGAGGAGAGAGACAACAGCGACGAGCCCAAGGAGGGUGCCGUCGAGAUCGGUACCCGCCGGCCCCGCGGCCGCCCUCCGGGCUCCAAGAACAAGCCGAAGCCCCCCAUCUUCAUCACCCGCGACAGCCCCAACGCCCUCCGCAGCCAUGUGAUGGAGGUCGCUGGCGGUGCAGACGUCGCCGAGUGCAUCGCCCAGUUUGCACGCCGCCGCCAGCGUGGCGUCUGCGUGCUCAGCGGCACCGGUGCAGUGGCCGACGUUGCACUGCGGCAGCCCGCUGCGGCGGGUGCCGUCGUCGCGCUACACGGCCGCUUCGAGAUCCUCUCGCUGACUGGUGCCUUCUUGCCCGGACCAGCUCCGCCGGGGUCCACGGGGCUGACGGUGUACCUGGCGGGCGGGCAGGGCCAGGUGGUGGGGGGGAGCGUCGUAGGUUCUCUCCUCGCGGCGGGGCCGGUCACGGUGGUUGCUGCGACGUUCGCCAACGCCACCUACGAGCGGCUGCCGCUCGAGGAUGAGGAGGAAGGCGGCGGGCAGCUGCCUGGCGGCUCACCGACGGCGAUAGGGGCCGGACUGCCCGAUCCGUCUUCAUUCCCCAUCUAUAAUUUGCCGGCAAAUCUCCUCGCGCAGCUGGGCCAUGACGCGUUCGCAUGGGCUCAUGCUCGGCCGCCGUACUAAAACAACCUAAGGGUAUCAAGGAGAAGAAGGGACGGAGAAGGUAAGAGAUCCUGUUAAAAUUUAUUCUAUCUGGUGAAGAAGGGAAAGGAGAAGCAAGCAAUCUCAUCUAAAAGCUCCAGUUCUGUGUGUAAAUGAUGCAUGAUGGUUCAUGAUAUGGAAUACUCUCAUGUUGAGCUUUUAUAAUUUCUGUUUCCUUUGAAAUGGGUAGAAGUGGUGUUAAUAAAUAAUAAUUAGUUUAUUGCCUUUAUUAGCUCUAACAUAAA